AUGUCCACCCGAAAGUGCUCUUCAAAGGAGAGGGAGGGCAGCGCGGGGCCAUGGGAUGCUCCCCUCGCCGCACUGCCCCGCGGCCCGGGGCGGCGCUGCCCAGGUGGCGGGGCCGGGCCGCCCCUCCCGCCCGGCUCGGGUUACCUGGGCGGGCCGGCCCGGCCCGUCCCGCCCGCCCUUCCCGGCUGGUCCGGCCCCUUGACGGGAAGUGGGAGCGAGGGGCCGCGCUGGGGCGGCCGAGCCAUGGCUGUGCCCGCCGCAGCUCCGCUGCCCUGCCCGCUCCUCCUCGCCGUGUGCUGGGUGGUGGCCGCGGGGAUGGCCGCAGGAGCAAAAAUUCUUCCAUCUCCAUCCAACUUGAACUAUUCAUUUAUCCAUAUCUGUACCCUGAACUGGACAUGGAGCCCCCCAGAGAACAUCAGCAGUAGUUGCAACCUGGAGUAUUCCAGUGACAUCGUCAUUAAUGGGGUUCCUGAGGACAGAAGAGAAUGGAGUAAGAGCCGAUUCCGUGUGACGGAUGCGCACUUGAAUGAGGAAAUGAGCCUCAGAGUGAGAAGUGAAUGCAAGAAUGACAACACCAGUGAGCCCAGCCCCUGGGUGGAGACCUCCCUAAUGCCAAAAGGUAUUUCGGGUACUGCUGCUGUUGACUUGGGCUGUGUUUGGCACAAUUUGGAGUACAUGGCUUGUACCUGGCGUCGUGGGGAGAAUGCAAGCAGUGACACCAACUACACUUUGUUCUACUGGUUUGAUGGCUUGGAAAACCCUAAGAAGUGUAGUAGCUCCUCUGUAGACCAAGGAAUCUUUGAAUGCGUUUUCAAUUUUACCUUCCCAAAAGUCACCAGUACUUAUCCUACAAUAAGUAUUUUGAUUACAGAUGAUGCUGAAGAAGUUAGGCCUGUGUGUGCAAGUAAAAAUCCUACCACCCUUGUAAAACCUGCCACACCAAGACAAUUAACAUUGACAAAGACUAAUGAUAGAAUUGAUGUAAAAUGGAGUGAAUCAGAAACUUUCCCAAAAAGUUGUUUACUCUAUGAAGUUAAAUGUUGCAAUGGUGAUUUGGACAUUGGUCAGAUCAUUGCAUCUGAAACGAAUUCUGUGUCCAUUGCUGGCAUUGAUGCUAACAGCAAGUACACCUUCAAAGUGAGAGCAAAACCAAAGCGGGAGUGUUACAACAGCAAUCUCCACAGUGACUGGAGUGAGGAGAAGAGCAUUGGUGAGAAGAAGGACUCUACAAUCUAUUUUGUUCUAAUAAUUACCAUUCCAUUAAUAGUAGCAGUAUCUACAGUAAUUCUGCUAGUUUAUCUAAAAAGGCUGAAGAUAUUAAUUCUCCCACCAAUUCCGGACCCUAGAGAAAUUCUUAAGCGAAUGUUUGGAGAGCAGAAUGAGGAUUCCCAGAGUUCUGCAAAGGAUGAUCCCAUAAAUACUUUUGACAGGUUAAUUAUAGAAGAAGAAAUUCAUUCUUUAAUUUUAACAGAAACUUCAGAGAGCAGUAGUCCUGAAAAAGAAAACAGGUAGACUCUGCUUUAUCAGUGAAAGAGGAGGAAGCUGAUUGCUGCUCCUGUACCUCAGGUGACUGUAGAUGUGAAGAGGCCUGUGAGGCACUGGCCAGCUCUGACCUCACUGCUGCCUUCUCUGGUGCACAGAAGAUUCAUCACUAACAGUGGCUUCCAUCUGUGCCAGAAAUCUGAGCUCAGUCAAGAUGAGCAUGUGUGCAAUUCCAUGGGACUGGACUGUGGGUUCCCUGUCCUGGCUUCAGCCAGCUCUGCCCUGUUACUUGCCACUUGCACCUGUGUUUGUGCCUCACACCAGACUGUCAGGGUUUGUUUGGUUUGUUUUGAGCAAGCACUGUGACUUCUCUGAAGUAUUUGGCUCUGUUUGCAGUAGGUGGGAUGGGUCAUGAGUGCUACCAUGUGGAGCUGCUGCCAGGUGGGAUGGUAGGGCAUGGACUGCUUGUGGAUAACCCUUUGUGUGCCUGGGCUGGGCACUCUCUGGAGGGCACUUAUGGACUGAGCUCGUGCUUCUGCCCAUCAGCUGGGACUUGGACAAAGCCCACCAAAGAGGGUAUUUUUUAAUUUGAAAAUGCAUAUGAAAAGCCUCUGCUUUCCAGCUGGUGUUCAGAAUAUUCAUAAAAAAAGCUUAGUUUUUUAUCCUGUCAGUUGCCUGUCAUCAGAUGCCUUGCCUUCAUGGACUUCUUGGGUUAAUUACACUUUGUUUAAAAUGAGAAAUAUAUAUAUAUAUUUUUUUUU